CUGAGUGUCCUUUUGCCGUGGAGGGGCGCCGCGGAGCGGGCUGGAGCCUGGGGACACACAGGGCCGCGGUGAGCCCCAGAGACCCUCCCCAGCCUGCCUCCCGGAGCCCCGGCUCCUGCCGCGUCCCGGCCCAAGGCCGCUGGCCUCCACCCCCACCGCCCCGACGUCCCCGGGACCCCCUCUCCCAAGCCCGCCUGCCUGAGGACCACCCUGCGGAAGACGAAGGCCUCCUCACUCCCCACUGACAGGCCCCUCUGCUGAGCAAGGCUUCCAUGGAGGAUGCCAGUGAGGACCCCACCAUAUUCACUGCCCAUUCUCUGCCCGGCGACCCCCGGCUCUUGGCCACCAUGACCAACACGUACCUGGGCACACGUGUGUAUCAUGACACACUGCAUGUGAGUGGCGUGUACAAUGGGGCUAGCGGGGAUACACACCGUGCCGUUCUCCCAAGUCCCCUCAAUGUCCAGCUGGAGGUCCCUGGAGACACAGGAGAUCAGCUGACAGAGACCUUUGUCCUGGACACUAACACAGGCUCCUUUCUGCACACCCUAGAGAGCCCCAGCUUCCGGGCCUCCCAGCGCAUCUACGCCCACCGCGCGCUGCCUCACGUCAUGGCGUUCAGUGUGUCCAUCUCCCGUGUGGCCGUGGGGGACGGCCCCGUCACGGUGCUGCUGCGGUCCACCUUCUCCCCAGAAAGCCCAGACCUGGACCUGCAUCUGGGUCCUGACUUCCGAGGAGCCCGGUAUCUUUAUGGCCGCACGCUAACCCCGGAGCAACCCGGGGGGUCCCAACAGGAGGUACACAUGCUGUGGACACCAGUGCCCCCAGCCCUGACGCUUGGGGAGAGAGAGCAAGACCGGACCUGGGAGUUCCUGACCGUGGUGGGGGGCAGCCAGGCUGAGGCCCGAGCCUGCCUGACGGAGGCCCUGCGGCUGCAGGCAGGAGGCGCUCUGUACCCUGCCCAUGCCCAGGCCUGGGCCCAGCUCUGGGCUGGCUGUGGCCUGGAUGUGCUAGGGCCCCUAGCCCUGCGCCAGGCCUUGCGUGGUGCCCUCUAUUACCUGCUCAGUGCGCUGCCCCCGCCCGGGGCCCCAGGAUACACCUGCCACGGCCUCAGCCCUGGGGGCCUGUCCAACGGGAGCCGAGAGGAAUGCUACUGGGGCCACGUCUUCUGGGACCAGGAUCUCUGGAUGUUCCCAAACAUCCUGAUGUUCCACCCAGAGGCCGCCAGGGCCCUCCUGGAGUACCGUGUCCGGACCCUGGGCGGGGCCCUAGACAAUGCCCGGAAGCUGGGUUACCAGGGAGCCAAGUUUGCCUGGGAGAGUGCGGGUUCUGGUCUGGAGGUCUGCCCUGAGGACAUUUAUGGGACGCAGGAGAUUCACAUCAACGGAGCCGUGGCAUUGGCCUUCCAGCUGUACUACCAUGCCACGCAGGACGUGCAGCUCUUCCGGGAGGCUGGUGGCUGGGAUGUGGUCAGGGCUGUGGCUGAGUUUUGGUGCAGCCGUGUGGAGUGGAGCCCUGAGGAGGGAACGUACCACCUGAAGGGAGUCAUGCCUCCCGACGAAUACCAUUCAGGAGUCAACAACUCCGUGUACACCAACGUGCUGGUCCAGAACAGCCUGCGCUUUGCUGCUGCCCUGGCCCAGGACCUGGGUCAGCCUGUCCCCAGCGAGUGGCUGGUGGUGGCCGAUAAGAUCAAGGUGCCCUUUGACCCGAGGCAGAACUUCCACCCUGAGUUUGACGGGUACCAGCCUGGAGAGGAGGUGAAGCAGGCGGACGUCGUGCUCCUGGGUUACCCCGUCCCUUUCCACCUGAGUCCUGACAUUCGCAGGAAGAACCUGGAGAUUUAUGAGGCUGUGACAUCUCCAAGGGGCCCUGCCAUGACCUGGAGCAUGUUUGCCGUGGGCUGGAUGGAGCUGAAGGACCCCUGGCGGGCACGGGACCUCCUGGAAAGGUGCUUUGCCCACAUAGCCGAGCCCUUCAAGGUGUGGACGGAGAACGCAGACGGGUCGGGCGCCGUGAAUUUCCUGACAGGCAUGGGGGGCUUCCUGCAGGCGGCCCUCUUUGGAUUCACAGGGUUCAGGAUCACCAGCGCUGGCGUGACCUUCGACCCCAUAUGUCUGGCCGGGGUGUCUGGAGUGUGCAUCUAUGGCCUCUCUUACCAGGGGAACAAGCUGGACUUCUCCUUCUCCAAGGGCUGCGUGACAGUUGAGGUCAAAGCCCGGGCGGGACCCUGGGCCCCACCCCUGGAGGCUGAGCUGUGGCCAGCACACACUCGUCUCCCCCUGCUCCCAGGGCACAAAGUCUCCUUUCCCUGCUCAGCUGGACGGAUACAAAGACGAGGUCAGGCAUGGCUGAAUCCAGGUGCGCUCAGCUCCUCAGCCCAUGGCUCCUCCUGCCCUGCGGCAACUUCAGUGAGUCUCCGCCACGAGCCUUUCCUCAGCCAAGAAGAGAGGGGGCGGGGUGCAGAACAGGACCCCGCAUCUUCCCUCUGACCAGCUGGAAGGACUGGGGCCGAGGGGGCGUGGGUUGAAGGCCACCGGCCUGGGCCCCUCUGUCCAACAGGCUGCCUCUCCGCCUGGGGCCUCAGCCCCUUGGUUGACACGUCCCCCCGGGGUCCUUGGGGGUUUCUGGAGAAUGAGCUGAGAUGGUACGGCUGCCAAGAUUUGGGCGAGGCCGCACACCUGCGCCUGGUCUGCCUGAGGAAUUAAAAUCCCAUGCUGGGACAA